CGGGGUGCCAGAAUAACUGUAACACUGUGUAAACAUAACGGAGCUGUUGAAAUUCUGCUCCGUAAAUUGAGUAAAAAUCGUGAAAAUCCAUACAUUUGCAUAUUUUUCGAAAGUAUCAAGGUACGUGGACUAGUAUUAUACAACUGUGUCUCUGAUUAUAUUGACUGCUACAACAGGAAAGGUGGAAUAUAUUGUACAAAUGUGUACAUCUGUAGUAACAGUUCCACAAUGUCAAUGGUGAGAUAAUUUUGUGUUACGUAAUUUCAUUAAACUCGUUUUGCAAGUAUUAACAGAGCAGAAGAAUUCAACAAAAUAUAAUGUUUAUUUUGGUGGAAAGGAGCUAAGCAAGUCAUAUAAGGAUAAUCCUCCUCACGAAGUCUAUGCAAAUGAAUGUUUUUAGGAUAAUCCCACCAAAGACUGUUUCGAACCUCUUUGAUACAACUCUGUGGUUGUCUUCCAGCAUGGUGGACGUGCCAGUAUCAGCGAAAGCCAUCACUUUGGAUCUGCUAAGAGAUGCCAGAGAGACAGUGAGGACCAGUCCUUUGGGAGUCAUCAACACUCCUAUGAUCCCAUGGUGCCAAACAACACUACCGCUCAACAUCCCCUGUAACAUCCACAUCAAACUGGAGAACAUGCAGAGAACUGGUGAGUUUGUGUAUGAAUUAAAUGCCUUAGUCAGGCACAUUUACAUUACUACUGUAUAAGUUUCAAUUAAUAAUGUAGGCUGUUUUGUAAUAGAUAUAUUGAUGGACAUUGUUGAUGUUGGACAUUGAGAGUGAUACAAUAACAGCAGUUUCUGUCAUUGUGUUAAUUGCCAGGUUCGUUUAAGGUAAGAGGAGUGGCCAACCAGUUCGCCAGGAGACCAAAAGGAGCCCAUUUUGUCACCAUGUCUGCAGGGAACUAUGGGAAGUCUUUUGCGUAUGCCUCUAAACACUACGGCUCCAAGGGGAAAGUGGUGAUGCCAGAGACAGCCCUUGUAUCCAGAUCUACACUCAUACAAGUAAGGUUCUUGUUUCCAAUUGACUGCUUCAGUCUUUAAUUGUAUCAUCUAAAAUUACACAUCUGAAAAUAACCAAACAUAUCAGUGAGUUGUUGAGUACAAUUGCUGUGCACCCGCUCCAGAAUUUUGGAUGUGAGGUGGAACGGGUGCCUACGACCUGUCUGAUGAACGUGGUGAAUCGUUGUGUCCAGGAGGAAAACAUGACGUUCCUCCACUCAUACGAUGACCUGGACCUGAUUGCAGGACAUGCCAGGUACAGAACAGCUGAACAAGGCAACACAACCAGCUUUAUGCGGGCCUUUUCCCUCUUUUUGAGGGAAAAUAAAAUGCUGGUCUGUCUCUCGCUGUCUGUCUCUGUCACUCCCCCCCCCCACCCCCCUACCCUUGCCCCCUCUCUCUCUCCCCCUCUCUCUCUGUGCUGUAGUCUAGGUUUUGAGGUGCUGGAGGUGAUGCCCCAGCCUGAUGUAGUGGUGGUGUGCUGUGGAGGAGGAGGUCUACUGGCUGGGGUGGCCGCUGCCAUCAAACUGGCCGGCUGCGAGAAGACAAGGAUCUAUGGAGUAGAGCCAGAAGGAGGUACAUAACACCUGUUGGUUAAACCUCACCAAGACAAUAUCAGGCAGGGCUUUUUACAACUACGAUACACCACUAACGGAUGUACAUGAACAUACACAUGGGGCAAUAUACUGAAGGGUUGAUAUACAGUAUGACCAUUUUGUUGACCUUAUUUUCCUGUCUUUGAUUCAUUAGCCUGCACCAUGUACAAAAGUUUCAUCGAGAAGAAGCCUGUCAGCAUGGACACCAAGAGCAUUGCGUCAGGACUGGCGCCACCUUUUGCAGGUACAGUACACCUCAGAGAAGUAGAUUGGCUAGACUUAAAUAAAUCCUAAAAGAUCAGGACAUAAGAGGGAACAACUUUGUCUUCAUCUGGAAUGAACCAUAGCCAAGCAAACAAAUCUGUGAAAUGUACCUUCUUUACCUGUGCUAACUCCCUGAUGUGUUUUGUACCAUAAGGCACAAACAUCUACCAUUGCUAACUGCCUGGUGUGUUGUGUCCCUCCCAGGCACCCUGCCCUAUGAGCUGUGCCAGCUUUACGUUGAGGAGAUCGUACUGGUGAACGAUGAGGAGAUCAAGGCUGCCGUGUCGACCCUGUACAGGGCGGGGCUCCUGGUGGAACCGUCGGGGUCCGCGGCGUUCGCAGCCAUCGCUAACGACAGAAUCCCUGACAUUGCUGGGAGGAACGUGGUGGUCAUCCUCAGUGGAGGAAACAUUGGCAAAGACGAGCUCACUAACUUCCCUGAUUGAAUGUCUAGUUACUUACUUGCUUAGGUCUUUUUCUACUCAUGGAGCAUAGGCCACUGACAACAGUUUUCCAGCGUAUUUAGUCCUGGGUGAUUUGUUCAAGUUCUCCUCAUGUGUUGCCCCAUUGAAUGUUUACAGUUAUUAUUACAGUGACUACUACAGAGAAUAAAUAAUGAUUAUUCCAACCAGUCUGAAUUAGGAGAAAUUAUGCAUUAUUAUUUUACUACAUUGACUAUUACAGAGAAGAAAUAAUGACCAUCGCUCUAACCAGCUAAAGUUAGGGGCAAAUCAUGUAUUAUUUUUCUCAAUAAUAAUUGUUAUACUGUGAUAUUAUCUUUUUGCAAAUAAACUAUGCAAUGUAUUCAAUAUCAGGAACAUA